AUGUCUAGGUCUGAAGGGACGGCGUGGUUGCCUGCUGCUGCCCCAAAAAGGAAGUCUGCACGACGGCGCAUCAGUAACGAUUCUUUAGGAAGCGCGUCCACCCGAGUAAUUCCCUCACCAAGCGCUUCACCAAAGGUAUCCAUUAGCGCUAGGUUGGCGUCCAGCCCUAGGGCCAGUUCAGGAUCUGAUGCCAAAGGCCAAAGUCCUGAAGACUGGCUGUCCCGAGAUGUAGAAGGAAGUUCCCCAAAAGCAGAAGAGCAGGGACCCCCAGGGGGACAAUCCUUGCAUAAUAGCCCAAUACGCAUGGGGCUAACAGACUGUCCAGAAGACGCCUCAACAAGUGAAGCAGCAGUACAUACAGGGGCAUCAUUUGAAUCCGAUGAUGGUGGGGCGGCGGGAUAUAACUCAUCUAAAGUUGCCGAGCAGGGUGCACACAAACUGGCAUCUGAUCAACAACUGCUGCAACAGGAAAGUUUAGCGAGGGACGGGGCGCAGCAGGAGGAAAAUGUGGUGGACUCAACUACAGGUGCCGAGCAGGAUGCAGGCAAACUGGCAUCUGAUCAACAACUGCUGCAAGAGGAGACUUUAGAGAGAGAAGGGGAGCAGCAGGAGGAAAAUGUGGUAGACUCAUCUACGGAUGCCGAGCAGGGUGGAGCCAAACUGGCAUCUGAGCAAGAACUGCUGCAAGAGGAGACUUUGGUGAGAGGAGAGGGCACUUUGGUGAGAGACGGGGCUCAGUCGGAGGAAAGUGUAGUAGACUCGUCUAUGGGUGCCGACUCGACUAUGGAUGCCGAGCAGGGUACAGCCAAAAUGGCAUCGGUUCAAGAACUGCUGCAAGAGGAGACUUUAGUGAGAGAAGGGGCGCAGCAGGCGGAAGAACGGGUAGAUGAUGUUGGUGAUGUUUUACAGCCCUCAACAUCUGCAGGUCAAAUGGUGGCAAAUGUGAUUUCAGAAGAGGAACUGGCUGCAGAAGGGAGGGACAGUUUUCAUCCUUUUGUGCGACUCCCCAAAGUAAGUCCCAAAAAUGUCACGAAAACCUUCGAUGGCUUUGGUGCUUUUGUAAGCAAGAUCCCUAAGGGCGGUCCAAUGUCAAAUUUCCUUUCGAUGCGCGAGUUAUUUGCCAAGCCUUCGUUAAACGCCAAAGAUGUACAGCAGCUGAUGGCUGACUGCACAGGCUUGGUCGCCUAUGCGUGCAAGAAGCUAGCCGGUCCCCCUUCUAGGACGAAUGCGUUCUACAUUGUUAGAAAGCUGGCGUCAAUGGUCAUGGUUUUUGACUACGUGGUGAGUACGCUGGUGCUCCUAGGGAAGAAAAUGGAUGCCAAAAUCUGGUGGUCAGAUUUCGUUGGACGGUUCCAUACGGAUUUUAAUUUUGAACCAAGGACUAACACGCAGCGUGUCACCGAAGGUAUAGUUGAGCUUAUCCAGCAGUUAAGUGCCGCACUGACUAUCUACAAGACGGGAAAGCGUCCAUCAAAUGGAACUGUAAUUCAAUUGAAGAGGGAUAUCCUCUCCAACCUGAGAAACAGCUGCAUUUUUGAGAAUCCCUCGUGGAUUCUCUGGGAAGAGGAUGACUCUCGCUUCAAACAAACUAGUGCAAGUUCUAAAAAGUGA